AUGCCGAUCGCCACCUGGUGCUUGCCGCCCGUCUCUGCUGCCGCUGCUGCCGCACGGAGGCAAAGGGCUGCGCCCACGGCGUGCGGCACGACACUUGCGCUGCCAUCUCGGCGCUUGGGAGCCCCGGGAAGCCCUGAUCACCUGCAGAAAUUGCUGGCAAUGAUGAUCAAGCAGGAGCGGAAUGGGAUCUUUGUGGGCGAGCCUGGUCAGCCUUUCCUGCUCCCCAAACCGCCGAAAUGGAGCCCCUGGCAUUGUCCAAGCAUUCUCACGAUGCCAAUUGUGCUGCUGGGACCCUGGGCAGCGCCCUGCGCCCGGCUGGCCAGAGUCCCCAGGCGCCGCCCUCAACUCCUCACCUGCACUGCCUUCGACGAGUGGCUGGAAGCCAAUAGGCUGCCGGGCAUAGAGCGGCGCGGCAGGAGCAGCAGCAGUGCCGACGGUGUUGUAGGAGGCGCGGAGGCACCGCCGCUGGCUGCCAGGCGACGCUUCGCCUGGGCUGAAGCCCCAGCCAUUGCAGCCCACUGCUUGCAGCGCCACGGGCAGUGCCGGUGGGAGCUGGAUGCUCCAGGCCUGCUUGUGGCCAGCAGCAGCGACGGCGGUGGGCUCGUGGCGAGGCUGGAGGUACCGCUGGUACUGGCCGGCACCCACCCAGACCUCUUUGUAUGCGAGGAGCAGCUGUCCCCACUGCCUCCCCGCCCUGAAGCCGAGCACCAGCGGCUGCUGCAGGCGCUGGCCCGCCUGGCUGGCAGCGGUGGCACCAGCGAUAGCAGCAGCAGCAGCAAUGAUAGCAGCGGCGGCGGCAGCAGCGGCGGCAGCAGCAGUGGCGGCAGCAACACAGCGCUCGGCAGGGAGCAGCCGCAGAUAGGAAGCCAGCUGCUGGUGCUGCUGUCUGCAGACUCUGCGGCGCUGGCGCUGUACAGCCAGGGCCAGCUGGCCCGGCACAAGGUGCUCACCGGCUACACCGUGCGCAAGCGGCAGGGCAAGGCGCAGGCGGGCUACGAGCGGCAGGGCGGAGGCAUGGGCAGCGUUGGGGGGGCCAUCCGCGCCCGGGAGAGCCGGCGCCUGUUCCAGGGCGCCGCCGCCACUCUGGCCUCCUGGCACCAGGACAUUGCCGCCUGCAGCCAGCUGUUCCGGAGCGGCACAGUACGCGCGUGGAACGAGCUGUACGCCGCCGCCUCGCCGCCGCCGCCGCUCCGCCGGCGCGACCCGCGGUUGCGGUCUGUGGGGGUGGGGGUGCGGCGCCCGCGGCUGGCGGAUGUGGAGCGGGCGUAUGCGGUGCUGAGCCACGGCACGCUGUGCGAGGCCGAGUGA